AUGUCGUACUGCCCGGUAUACGGUUGCAAUAGCGAUGCAAAAAAGAAUCCUCAUAGAGUACAUUUCUUCUCAUUUCCAAACGGAAAAUCGGUAGCCCAACAAACAAGAAAAAAGACGUGGAUUGAAUUCUGCAAACGAAAAGCAUUCAAGCCAUUAUCAAAUAGCAGAAUUUGCUCACUUCAUUUUGCUGAGGACGCAUACCAGCCUGGACAUUCGCCACAGUUUCUAGAGCUUUUAGAGUGUAAAGAAACUUUUCGAGUACAGUUAAAAACUGAUGCAUUGCCAACCUUGAACAAACCAUUAAUAGAUACAAGUGGAAUUAAAGCAAGAACUGUUACAAAAAGAAGACUACGAGAAAAAGUAAUUCGAAUUUUAAAUCAUUAAUGUAUUUUUGUCCAAUAACUUUGCAAACUAAUAGUCAUUGUCACAUUCUAAAUGAUAAACAGUAAAAAUAUUUACCUACAAUUACAGGGAAUAUCUGAUCUUCUAAAUCCAGAAGAAUUGGCAAAGGAAGAAGAAAGUUCAAUUGAAGAGGACGAAGAACCCGGCACAUAA